CCAUCUCGAGGCUCAGACUGCCCACAUAAGAUCCAGACAGUCCUGACACUCUGAUCUUACAGUCAUCGCUUGCCAGUGAAGCAGGACGACGCGAGGUCGGAGCCCGUGGCGCUGCCGUCGUGCAUCCUCAACCGUGUCCUGAUCUGUUCAUCCUACAUACUAUCAAAGCCUCACUGGAUGAAACUAGAUGGGUCCGGCGCACCGUGCAUCGGCGGACUGUCUGCAUACGCCGGGACUUUGUCGGCACAACCGAGGAAACAUCGAUCGGUCCGCAGACUCUGAUAAGAGCCCGUCCGAAUCAUUGCAAUCCCUGAACUCGCCAUGUCCACCUACCGCAUCCUCGUCGCCUCCUACUCCUCGAGCAUAUACACCGUCGAGUUCUCGACGUCCCCGCCUGCGCUCAGGCUCGUGUCCAGCGUCGAGGUCGGACACCAUCCGUCGUGGAUAACGCCUCAUCUGUCCGACCCGACUACAGUGUUUACGGGGCUGGAACAGGCGGACGGGAAGGUUGCGGAAGUGAAGUAUGACGAAGAGGGGAAGGGGACUGUUGUGAGAGUGCUUGAGAGCGGCGGGGCGGACCCGUGUACGCUCCUGGCGGUAGGACAGGGAUUGAUCAUAGGAAAUUAUUCGUCUGGCACGGUCCAGUCGAUCCCUCUCUCCUCGUCCUCGCCUUAUCUCCCCUCCAAGGCAACCCAUGCACCGAUACAACUACAGGGAACCGGUCCGCACCCGGACCGCCAGCUCUCCUCGCAUCCGCACCAAGUCUACCAGCCUCCUUCGCGAGAGGAGGUCCUCAUACCGGAUUUAGGCGCGGACAAGACCUGGCGGCUCGUGAAGCGAGAGAACGGCUGGUCCGUUGCGGGUGCGGUCGACUAUCAGGCAGGCGGCGGGCCGAGACACGUCGUAGUCCACGAGGGCACCCUGUACACGGUGCUCGAGCUUUCCAACACGCUCGCAGUACACUCCUUCCCCCCGCUCUCUGCCUCCUCGCAGCCCACCUUCAUAACCUCCCACCCAACGCACAUCCCCGCACCCGCGCCCUCGCACGCGAGCGAUACCCCAAAAACGCCUCUCUCCGCAGAUGCACCCCCCAUCCCCCCCGGCGUACCCCUCGGCAUGCUCGCCGCCGAAAUCCUCCUCGCCCCCGCCAGCCCCUCCUUCCCCACAUCCCAUCUCUACGUCUCGAACCGCAACGACCCCUCCCCCGGCGGGGACACCAUCGCCAUCUUCGCCCUCUCACCGCCCAGCGCACCGACACGCGUCGGCGAGGUGAAGACGGGCCUGCACCACGUGCGCGGGAUGAUAUUGUUCGGGCCAGACGAGCGGUACCUCGUCGCGGGCGGCGUGAACGGCGGCGGGGUACGCGUGUUCGAGCGCGUGGACGGGGGCGCGGGGCUGCGGGAGGUGGCGCGGCUGCCGGGCUUGGCCGAGGCGCAGGUCGGGGACGCGGAGGGGCUGGUGCGCGCGCCUACGGGGUUCUUGGUUGUGCAUGUAAAUGAGAGUUAG